AUGUCUAUGCAUCCAUCAGUGUACGGCAGAGCUGGCCCUCAGAGAUCUACAAAGAGUGCAUUGAAACACAAGAUUCUACCUGAGGAGCCUGAACGAAACACUAAUGGAGGACCCGGUGCUGAGGACGCGUAUGCUGACUUGUACUGGGAUGACGAUGCCGAUGUGGAUACAGAAGAUAUGGCACAUUUGCAUCAUAUUCCAGAAGGCAAUAUGCGACGAGAUGCAUUGCGUCUAACGAGGAAAGCCCGUUCAAGACUUCCUCGUGUAACAGCGUAUAGCACUGCGACAUCAUAUAAAUUACCGGAAUUAAUUCGCUGGCUUCAGGCUCGCAAAUCAUCGCAUGAAACAAAUGUUGUCCGUUUUGAUGAAUGUGUAUACACGACGUAUACGUACCACCAUGUGGACGAGGCACGUGGACUGCCCACAACCUCGCCAUGGGUGCUGCAACAAGGACGACCACCAUUCCGCUUGGACAGUAGUCGAACACCUACUGGUGAUUUGCUUGGUGUUCCUGAACUUCGACAAGAAUCUGCAUCUCCUGAACAUGGGCUUCAGACGAUUUCAGAGGAGAAUGAGGGCGGUGUGGAUGUCAGCAAGCAAGAAGAGCCUGAAGCAGCGCCAAAGUCGCCACGUAAAUCUACACAACUAGUUCACUACGUUCCGGAAGUGUUCUUGAUGGAAUACGGAACUAUUGUGAUUUGGGGAAUGUCAUUGACAGAAGAGAAACGGUUACUUCGUGAAAUUCGCAAAUUUGAAGUAGAGAGGCUUGCACCUGAAGAUGUCGAGUGUGAAGACUUGAGCUGGUACUUAGCAGACUACAGUCGCAUAUAUAACGAUGUCAUCACACUCAGACGUGGUUCAAGCUACAUGACUAGAUUGUCACUCUCACAUGCUCUUGCUCAGUCUGCAAAGAUCAGCUUUUUUGAAAGUGUCAUCGAAGCUACGAUUGACACGACGAAGGACAUUCCUCGCAGCAUUGCAGAGAGCGGGAAAGUGGGCAUGCCACCCGUUGAUAUAAUGAAGAAUAUUGGGCACUUGUUUAUUCUUCGUAUGAACAUUCAUUUAGUUGGUUCGGUUGUCGACUCUCCUGAAAUUUUUUGGUCGCAGCCUGAUCUCGAGCCGUUAUAUGCCGCAGCGCGAAGCUAUCUAGAAAUUCAACAACGAAUCGACCUGUUGAAUAUUCGUGUCGAAGUUCUACAAGACAUGCUUCAGCUAUUGAAGGACCAGGUGACAUCUAGUCACUCAGAAUGGUUGGAAAUUAUUGUCAUUAUCCUGAUUGUGCUAGAGAUUUUCCUUGGGGUUGCAACAAGUAUGUCGAAUAUUCUCGUAUGA